GCACAGCGCUCGGAGCGCUCCUGCGGGUACUUUGGCGGGGCUCUCCGCUGCGGGCGGCGCGGAACGGGAGCCGGAACCCUGGUGCAGCCGCUGCGUGCAGAGGACCCGGGCUGCGCAGGGAAGCGGGGCCGAGACGUCCGGACUGGACUGAGACUGUGCUUAGCGCAUUGCGGCGACCUCGCCUUUCCCGGCCGCGAGCGCGCGCCGCAGCUGGAAAAGCAGCGGAGACCGAGGACUUUUCUCAGGUCCCAGGGGCGCACCACAGCCGUGCUGCAGUCAAUGCACGCCGGAGCCCCAGGAGGGGUGAUGGAACUCGGGCUGCCAGAAGCCUGAGACGCCGCCACCGCCGCCGCUGCGUACUGGAGAGCGGGGGGCGCACGAUCUGGGGACCCCGGGCGGCGGACCCGAGCCCUCCCCCCCGCCCCGCCUCCGGGGCACCAGCUUCGGCUCCAUUGUUCCCGCCCGGGCUGGAGGCGCCCGGCUCGGAGUGCCGCCGGGAGUCGUGCCUCGGCCGCGGAGCCCUCGAGACCCCAUCAGGAUCUGAACGGAGCCCGGAGACGAGCGGCGGGAGCGCAAGACACAGACACCCGCCGCGCCACGGCGAGCUCUCCAGAGGCGGGACCGCAGCGCCAAGUGAGAGUCAGCUUGCGAAGGCAGACCACGCUCACGGUGGAAUAUCCAUGGAGGUACGGAGCCUUGUUACCAACCUCUAACCGCAGAACUGGGAUGUGGGGCUGGAAGUGCCUCCUCUUCUGGGCUGUGCUGGUCACAGCCACUCUCUGCACUGCCAGGCCAGCCCCAACCUUGCCUGAACAAGCUCAGCCCUGGGGAGUCCCUGUGGAAGUGGAGUCUCUCCUGGUCCACCCUGGCGACCUGCUACAGCUUCGCUGUCGGCUUCGCGAUGAUGUGCAGAGCAUCAACUGGCUGCGGGAUGGGGUGCAGCUGGUGGAGAGCAACCGUACCCGCAUCACAGGGGAGGAGGUGGAGGUGCGGGACUCCAUCCCCGCUGACUCUGGCCUCUACGCUUGCGUGACCAGCAGCCCCUCUGGCAGCGAUACCACCUACUUCUCCGUCAAUGUCUCAGAUGCACUCCCAUCCUCGGAAGAUGAUGACGACGACGAUGACUCCUCCUCGGAGGAGAAAGAGACGGACAACACCAAACCAAACCGUAGGCCUGUAGCUCCCUACUGGACAUCCCCAGAGAAAAUGGAGAAGAAACUGCAUGCGGUGCCCGCUGCCAAGACGGUGAAGUUCAAGUGCCCGUCGAGUGGGACACCCAACCCCACUCUGCGCUGGUUGAAAAAUGGCAAAGAGUUUAAGCCUGACCACCGAAUUGGAGGCUACAAGGUUCGCUAUGCCACCUGGAGCAUCAUAAUGGAUUCUGUGGUGCCUUCUGACAAGGGCAACUACACCUGCAUCGUGGAGAAUGAGUAUGGGAGCAUCAACCACACCUACCAGCUUGACGUCGUGGAACGAUCUCCGCACCGACCCAUCCUUCAGGCAGGGCUGCCUGCCAACAAGACAGUGGCCCUGGGCAGCAAUGUGGAGUUCAUGUGUAAGGUGUACAGCGAUCCGCAGCCUCACAUUCAGUGGCUGAAGCACAUCGAGGUGAACGGGAGUAAGAUCGGGCCAGACAACUUGCCGUAUGUCCAGAUCCUGAAGACUGCUGGAGUUAAUACCACCGACAAGGAAAUGGAGGUGCUUCAUCUACGGAAUGUCUCCUUUGAGGAUGCGGGGGAGUAUACGUGCUUGGCGGGUAACUCUAUCGGACUCUCCCAUCACUCUGCAUGGUUGACCGUUCUGGAAGCCCUGGAAGAGAGACCAGCUGUGAUGACCUCACCGCUCUACCUGGAGAUCAUUAUCUACUGCACCGGGGCCUUCCUGAUCUCCUGCAUGUUGGGCUCUGUCAUCAUCUAUAAGAUGAAGAGCGGCACCAAGAAGAGCGACUUCCAUAGCCAGAUGGCUGUGCACAAGCUGGCCAAGAGCAUCCCUCUGCGCAGACAGGUAACAGUGUCAGCUGACUCCAGUGCAUCCAUGAACUCUGGGGUUCUCCUGGUUCGGCCCUCACGGCUCUCCUCCAGCGGGACCCCCAUGCUGGCUGGAGUCUCCGAAUAUGAGCUCCCUGAGGAUCCCCGCUGGGAGCUGCCACGAGACAGACUGGUCUUAGGCAAACCACUUGGCGAGGGCUGCUUCGGGCAGGUGGUGUUGGCUGAGGCCAUCGGGCUGGAUAAGGACAAACCCAACCGUGUGACCAAAGUGGCCGUGAAGAUGUUGAAGUCCGACGCAACGGAGAAGGACCUGUCGGAUCUGAUCUCGGAGAUGGAGAUGAUGAAAAUGAUUGGGAAGCACAAGAAUAUCAUCAACCUUCUGGGAGCGUGCACACAGGAUGGUCCUCUUUAUGUCAUUGUGGAGUACGCCUCCAAAGGCAAUCUCCGGGAGUAUCUACAGGCCCGGAGGCCUCCUGGGCUGGAGUACUGCUAUAACCCCAGCCACAACCCCGAGGAACAGCUGUCUUCCAAAGAUCUGGUAUCCUGUGCCUAUCAGGUGGCUCGGGGCAUGGAGUAUCUUGCCUCUAAGAAGUGUAUACACCGAGACCUGGCUGCUAGGAACGUCCUGGUGACCGAGGAUAACGUAAUGAAGAUCGCAGACUUUGGCUUAGCUCGAGACAUUCAUCAUAUCGACUACUACAAGAAAACCACCAACGGCCGGCUGCCUGUGAAGUGGAUGGCCCCUGAGGCGUUGUUUGACCGGAUCUACACACACCAGAGCGAUGUGUGGUCUUUUGGAGUGCUCUUGUGGGAGAUCUUCACUCUGGGUGGCUCCCCAUACCCCGGUGUGCCUGUGGAGGAACUUUUCAAGCUGCUGAAGGAGGGUCAUCGAAUGGACAAGCCCAGUAACUGUACCAAUGAGCUGUACAUGAUGAUGCGGGACUGCUGGCAUGCAGUGCCCUCUCAGAGACCUACGUUCAAGCAGUUGGUGGAAGACCUGGACCGCAUUGUGGCCUUGACCUCCAACCAGGAGUAUCUGGACCUGUCCAUACCGCUGGACCAGUACUCACCCAGCUUUCCCGACACACGGAGCUCCACCUGCUCCUCAGGGGAGGACUCUGUCUUCUCUCAUGAGCCGUUACCUGAGGAGCCCUGUCUGCCUCGACACCCCACCCAGCUUGCCAACAGUGGACUCAAACGGCGCUGACUACCAACCCUGUCCCCAGUUUUCUCCCAUUCCGUCGUCACCCGUGCCCCUCACCCACAAUCCCCUUGUUGGACACACUGCCUUUCUCCUCCUCCUUUGCCGCUGGCAAGAGCCAGUGCCUGACUGAGGCCUUCCUGUGUUGUGGCCUUCCCCCUCCAUCACCCCCAAGACCCCUCUUCUCCCUCUUCUUAGCCUGCUGUGUGAGAGAGGAGCCAAGAGGCAGGUGCUUGCCGACGGCCGCAUCCUCCUUCCCAGGUGUUGGACCAAGACCCGCCCCGCUGCCUGGCACUGCUUGGAGGUGUGCAGAGCGGAAGCAAGUGGAGCAUCCGGGGCAUUCCUGUUGACCCAUCAGCCCCUUCUGUUCUGGCGGCAGGGGCCUUGGGGCUCCUGGAAGCCGUGAGGUUUCUGUUUAGGCCUUAACCGAAGGCAACCUCUGCUCCAGAUGGAUGGUACCAGUAGCUUCUUAAUUCCAAUACUAAUUUGCUUUGCUGACCAAAUACCUGCCUGGUACCAGAAGACAGGGAGGCAGAGACUGGGAGCCGUGAUGUGCCCUUGGGCUGAGCCCUAGACUUGGGGCUCUGUACAUAGCUAUGAAGAAAAACACAAAGUGUAUAAAUCUUGAGUAUAUAUUUACAUGUCUUUUUAAAAAGGGUCGUUACUAGAGAUUUACCCAUGGGGGAGACGCCCAGGGUAGCAUCCGUUGCUAUAUAUUAAAAACAAACGAACAGAAAGAAAAAAAAAAGGAAAAUGUUUUUUAAAAGGUCAUAUAUUUUUUUGCUACUUUUGCUGUUUUAUUUUUUUAAAUUAUGUUUUAAACCUAUUUUCAGUUUAGGUUUCCCUCAAUAAAAAAUUGCUGCUGCUUCAUUUUUAUCCUGGGCGUGUGAAAAGAGAGCAGGUGUCCAGCGCAGAGGAGGGAGACAGGGGGUAAAGGGCCAUGAGCUGGUCUUCCCCCUGCCCCCCAUGACCUCUGUCUCCUGGAUUGUGCCCCAGACCUCCCAGCCAAGCCUUCUAUCUCCCGAUGCAUUGGGAACAGCAGGAGAAGACUGAGGUCCUGAGGGCAGAGAGCCAAGCUCGCACACUUGAUUGUUUCCUCGGAGGAGAGAGUGAGAGGAUGAGGUUAGCCAGAGGGUAGAACUGGACAGAAACCCAAACCCUAGACCCUGUACAUUCAGAUGUCUUGUCUAUCUUCCCCAACCUACUCCUCAUAUUCCUCUCCUGUAAAUAUCCUCCCCUUCCCUGUUGGUCUCUGUUACCCAGUUGGGUCUGUCCCUGAGCUUGGCUUCCUAUAGUUUUUCCUUCACAAACUCCACCCAUCCCUCAGGAAACAGAAAACGAUCUCUUUGGUUGGGGUCAACUUGGCAACUCAAUUCUGCCACCUGCUGGUUGCUUUGGUACCUUGGUCUCUUAUUCAAACCCACACCACUCAAGCCUUAGAGGGUUUGUUUUUGUUUUUUGUUUGUUUGUUUGGUUGGUUGGUUGGUCUUUUUUUUCUGGGUCUGCUGAAUACAAACCUGUUCAGUAUGAUUUCAUCUGUAGGGGUUAGGGCUGCUUCUUUAAAUGCAGUUUUGGCAGCUGUGGUUUGGGUCAUUGUCAUAAGAGUUCUUAUCGUUGUUUCUCUCUGUACACAUGUAACUGUCAAAAUAUUAUGAAUGGUUUUUAUGCUGAAAGAAGACAUCAUUUGGCAAAGAGGGCUAGGGAAUGAAUUUAGCACAAACUCAUUUUCUUGGAGACCGUGUAUCAUAGUGGUUUUUUUUUUUUUUCUUUCUCUUGUUAAAACUGAACAUUAUUUCUGCCUCAGGUCUACUUGACUCACUGCUGUGUGGAUGGAAGGAGAACACAGAAAGGGCUUAGUGUGACUCAAGGAGAGGAGCUAGGAACUGGAAGGAACUGAAGUCCCCUCUGUUACUAUUCAGAUUGCCCGCAGACGGCCCCUGGGACAGGGGUGGCUAUCAAAUAGAAAGUAGUGACAUUGACAUGAAGGGAAAUGAAAUGGCUAUUUCACUUAGAGGACCAGAUUAGGUCUCGUGGGAGGGGGAACCCAGCUUACAGAAUGAAGAUGUUACUGUCAGAGCACAGCAUCUGUCUGGUUUCCUGGGGGUUAAAAUAUGGCCCAGGCAUCAAUCAAUACUGCUUCCCCAUCUUUUCUAAUUGCCAUAGGCUAAAGGCCAUCAGUCCCCUGGCUCUGUUAAUGUAAUGUAUCGAUUUCAGGUAAGUAAGAUUGAACAUAGAUGAAGUAAGAAAUCGGCCUUAAUGGUAAUGAACUCUGUUUAUCAACUGCCACUGGGUGGAGCCAGCAAGCUAAAAUAUCCUCCUACACACAGACAGUGUUAGGUUAUACUGUCAGAGCCACUGUCCUCUGAAGUAACAGACCUACCUGCAAGCGGGAACUUUUGGCCUGGAUAUAGCAUUGUCAGACUCUGGACAUGACCAAUAUGUCUUGUACAGAAUUGGACAUGGCACAAGUGCAGGGCCAUACUAUUAAGUAGCAGCAACAACUAUUACAAUUCUGUGUAGAAUGUGUGCUGUGUCUAAUGUCGCUACAGGCGCAUGUUAGAGCUUAAAACUGUACCCAAUGAGCUUGUUAGCAGCUGUUAGCAGCUGGUAGAGCUUGGUUCCACCACAUAUGCAGGAAAUAGCUGGGAGGGAGAAUGGAGGGCUUUGAAGCAACAUGGCAUGUAGAAACCAAGAAGGGAGUAGACCAGCAAGAACCCUGAAGUUGGCUGGUCCUGGUAGUGAAUGCCUGUAAUCCCAGACUCAGAAGGCAGAGACCGGUAGAUCUUGAGUUCAGGGACAACUUGGUCUACAUCGUGAGUUCAGGGCCUGCUGAAGAUGCACAGUGAGACUCUUGUCUAAAAGGAAAUUAAACGAACCAGAACACACUGAAGUUAUGAAGGACUCUGGAACUGGUUCCCUCUUGUUUGACACACAGCAGCAUUCAGAAUCUUUACUGCCUGCUGGGUACGUGCAUGUCCUGGUGCACAGAAGCAAUGCAUUCAAUUGCCGUGCUGUCGGAGGUUCCAGUGGUGUGCUGAAACUGGCUCUCUAAAGGAAAGUAUGUGUGUCAGCCUGGGGUUAUGGCCUAGUAACCCAAAUUUUGAAAACAAAAGGUGAUGGUCUUUAAUCCUGAACUCAGGGGGCAGAAGCCAGUGGAUCUCUUAAAUUCAAGGCCAGCCUGGUCUAUAUAUUGAGUUCUAGGUCAACCAAGAUUGCAUGGUGAUACCCUGUCUCCAAAAAAGUAAAAUGGGGGAUGGGAGUGGGGUGGGUCGGGGCACAGGUGGAGUCCUCAAUGGCCAGACUCCAUGACUUAACUACUUCCAUUUGCUCAUUGAGAAGGCCAGAAGGAAUCCACGUGCAUCAGGGAGAUGAGAGGAUUAAGCCAGUUAAGUAGCUAAUCCCUUUCCCAUAUUACACAUCUAUAGUAUGCACUAAGUUUAAAAACCCACCACUUCCAGACGGAAGUUGUAUUGUGAGAUACCUUAGAUUAGAGCAAUGGCAGCUUCCCAGAGUGGUGUAUGAACACAGCCUACAGAAGUCAGUUGAUUAGCACACUGGGUGGGACUGGUCCUCCAUGACUAGGGAGCAUUUUGAGGAGGUACAUGCUCUGGGCUGGGGUGUAGUCCAGUUGCUUGAAUGAUGAUUAAGGAGUUCAUUGGCUAUGUGGUAGUGGCACACACCUAUAAUCCCAGCACUCCUGAGUUCAAGGCCUGGGAAGUGGGUGGAGAUGUCUGUGUCUUGUUUGUUUCGAGAUAGGGUCUCACUGUGUAGCUCUGGCUGUCCUGGAACUCACUCUGUAGACCAGCCUGGACUCCCAACUCACAAAGAGCCACCGGCCUCUCCUUCCAGAGUGCUUGAAUUAAAGGUACGUGCCACCACGGUCUGGCA